CCUUAACAUUUGUGAGCACUGUUAACUCUAGUAUAUUUUUUUAUCAACUUUACACCAAAGUCAAACUAAUUAUUAUACUUUUCAUUCUUCAUCAUCAUCGUAAUUUCCUAGUCUCUUCUUCGAUGAAGGAGUGAAGAAUUUGCAAGGAAAAAGAGGGUUCUUCCGGUUGAAAAUAUAUAAUCCCAUUAUAUUCAUUUUUCUUCAUUCAUCCAACCCAUUAAAUGCUUCUUUCUCAUAAACACAAUUCAACCUCCCAGAAUAGUUAGAAGAACCGUUCUUCCGGUUGAAUUCAGAUAAGAUGGAUUCAAACUCCAAAUUUUCAGAGAUUUUGCUCUCAUGGAGGUCCUUGCUCCUGCAACCAUUUCGGGCUCUGUUAGGUCGUUUGUCAUUUUCCAAUUCGGGCCAAGGAGGUACAGCUUUUUCCGGUUCUUCCAUUGAUUCCAGUGGAGUGCAUAGCUAUAAAUACGACGUGUUUAUCAGUUUCAGAGGUCCAGACACCCGCAACACUUUUGUUGAUCAUCUUUAUGCUCAUCUAACAAGAAAAGGUAUUUUUGCGUUCAAGGAUGAUAAAAGGCUCGAGAAAGGAGAAUGCCUUUCGCUGCAACUUCGACAAGCAAUUGCAAAUUCACGGAUAUCUAUCGUUGUCUUCUCAGAAAGAUAUGCUGAGUCAACAUGGUGUUUGGAAGAAAUGGCUACUAUUGUUGAAUGUCGUAGCAAUUUCUUACAAACUGUUUUCCCUGUUUUUUAUGAUAUCAAUCCAUCUCAUGUACGAAAACAGAACGGUGUGUACCAGAAUGCCUUUGUUUCACACAUGAAAAAAUUGAAACAUGAUCUGAAUAAGGUUGAGAGAUGGACGAAAGCUAUGGUCUAUUUAACUGAAAUAGUUGGUUGGGAUGUUAGGAACAAGCCAGAGUUUCGAGAGAUUCAAGAUAUUGUUCAGCAGGUAAUAAAAACAUUGGGUCAUAAAUUCUCAGGGUUUGCUGAUGACCUUAUCGGGAUACAACCUCGAGUAGAAGAAUUAGAAAGUCUUCUGAAAUUAAACUCAGACAAUGAUGACUUUCGUUUUAUAGGUAUUUGGGGGAUGGCUGGAAUCGGAAAGACAACUCUUGCUUCCGUCUUGUAUGAUAGAGUCUCCUAUCAGUUUGAUGCAAUCUGUUUUAUUGAGAAUGUAAGCAAAAUUUAUAAAGAUGGUGGUGCCACUGCUGUACAGAAACAAAUCCUUCGGCAAGCCACAAGUGAAAAAAACCUAGAGACAUACAGCCCUUCUGAAAUAUCUGGAAUUGUACGUAAAAGACUUUGCAACAAAAAGUUUCUUGUAGUUCUUGACAAUGCUGAUCUAUUAGAACAAAUGGAAGAAUUGGCUAUAAAUCCUGAAUUGCUUGGUAAAGGAAGUAGAAUGAUCAUUACAACCAGGGAUAUGCAUAUUCUAAGAGUGUUUGGAGCUCAGUUAUCAGUAUCUCACGAUACAUGUGUGUCGUACGAUGUGUAUGAGGUUCCACUAUUGAAUAGCAAUGAUGCCCGUAAACUUUUCUAUAGAAAAGCUUUCAAAAGUGAGGAUCCCACUAGCGGAUGUGUAAAGCUCACUCCUGAGGUACUAAAAUAUGCUCAAGGUCUUCCAUUGGCAGUUCGAGUAGUGGGGUCUUUCUUGUGCACUCGAGAUGCUAACCAAUGGAGAGAUGCCUUGUAUAGAUUGAGGAAUAAUCCAGACAACAAAGUUAUGGACGUGCUUCAGGUAAGUUUGCAGGGAUUACAUUUAGAUGACCAAGAAAUAUUUCUGCAUAUUGCCUGUUUCUUUAAAGGAAUGAAAGAAGAUUAUGUGAAGCGAAUUCUCGAUGCUUGUGGGUUGCAUCCUCACAUUGGCAUUCAAAGUUUGAUUGAGAGGUCACUCGUAACUAUUAGAAAUCAGGAAAUUCAUAUGCAUGAAAUGUUGCAAGAAUUGGGAAAGAAAAUAGUUCGACAACAAUUUCCUGGCGAACCUGGAUUGUGGAGUAGAUUGUGGCUUUUUGAGGAUUUCUACCCUGUCAUGAUGACAGAGAUGGGAACAAACAAUGUUAAAGCCAUUAUUCUAAAUAAAAAAGAGCAUAUCUCUGAAUAUCCUCCGCUGAGGGCCGAAGGAUUGUCAAUAAUGAGGGGACUUAAAAUUCUUAUAUUAUAUCAUCAAAAAAUUUCAGGAAGUCUCAAUUUCAUUUCUAACAGCUUGCAGUAUCUUCUUUGGUAUGGUUACCCUUUUGCUUCUUUGCCAUUAAAUUUUGAGCCAUUUGGUCUUGUUGAAUUGAAUAUGCCUUGUAGCAGCAUCCAACGACUAUGGGACGGUCACAAGGAUCUCCCUUGUUUGAAAAGGGUGGAUCUCAGCAACUCCAAAUAUCUUCUGGAGACUCCCAAUUUUGAUGGAAGCCGAAGACUUGAACGUCUAGAUUUUACAGGAUGCAUAAACCUAUCGUAUGUCCAUCCGUCCAUUGGACUUCUGGAAAAACUUGCUUUCUUGAGUUUGGAAGGCUGCAGCAGUUUGGUCAGGCUAGUUCUUGAUGGUGAUGAUGCAUCUAACUUACAUUCUCUCAAAGUUCUACACCUCUCUGGCUGCCUAAAACUUGAAACCAUGCCAGAUUUUACUGGGGUCUCAAAUCUUGAGUAUCUUGAUGUUGAUCAAUGUUCGAGUUUAUCAACGAUUGGUCAAUCUAUUGCGGUUCUUACACAGCUUAAGUUCUUGAGUUUAAGAGACUGCACAAAUCUUGUUAGUAUUCCCAAAAGCAUUAAUUGUAUGACAUCUCUUGUAACUCUAGAUUUAUGUGGCUGCUUAAGACUAGAGAAUCUACCCUUGGGAAAUGUAUCAGUGUCUGCUGAAAAUAUGGACUACUUUUCAGUCUCUGGAGAAAUUGUUGACCACUCUUACUAUCUGGAGUCUUUGAUUUUUUUGGACCUAAGCUUUUGCAAUUUAAGUACAGUUCCUGAUGCUAUUGGAGAUUUAUGGCAUUUAGAAAGGCUAAAUCUUGAAGGAAACAGCUUUGUUUCCCUACCACCUUCAAUGGAGAGGCUUUCCAGUCUAGCAUAUUUAAACUUGGCACAUUGCAGCUGGCUUCAAUCUUUGCCUAAGCUCCAAUUGUGUGCUACUUCUUCAUAUGGUGGAAGGUAUUUUAAAGUGUUAUCUGGAUCUCAUAAUCAUAGGUCAGGAUUAUAUAUUUUCAACUGUCCCCUCUUGGAGAUCGCAGAAGGAGGUCAAAGCUUGGCACUUUCAUGGCUAGAGAGAUUAGUUGAGAAUCCUCAUCAUUUCCGGUGUGGUUUUGACAUUGUUGUUCCUGGGGAGAAAAUUCCAGAAUGGUUUAAUCAUCAAUUUACGGGAAAUUCAAUAAUAAAGAUAUCAGACUUUACAAAUGAGUUUGACAACUGGCUCGGCUUUGCCUUUUGUGUGGCAUUUGUGGAAAACUGUGGUUCAACUACGUCUGGUUUUUCACUUCGUUCAUUUUCCUCUCAGCUUACAUAUCCUCUUUAUCUUUCUUUUGAAAGUGAACAUAUGGAAGAAACUUUCGAUAUACCGCUUCGGUUUGACCUGAACAUAGUUGAUGGCUCAAAUUCAGAGCAUCUCUGGCUAAUCUAUAUCUCUAGACCCCACUGCCAUUUUGUAACAACAGGAGCACAUAUCACAUUUAAAGCUUGCCCUUAUCUGGAGAUAAAAAGAUGGGGAUUAUGCAAGGUACUCGAGCAUGAUAUCUCUAUCUCAUCCGAGUUGGGGAUAGAUGAUGUUCGACAUCAACGCUAUCUUCACUUGGAUCAUGUACAUGAAAGUAGCAGCAGCAGCAGUCCUGACCUCCAGCUUCCUUAUAACUGGUAUGAAACUGAGGUAGAGAUAAAACCUAAAAUCAAACUUCGUUAUAACUGGCAUGUUACGGAGGAACAGGAAAAUGAGAAUAGGGAAGUGAAUGUGAAACAAAAUCAUCUCUCAGAUAUGGGACUCAACACAUACAUAGAUGAUGAUUUGCAUUAAAAAAAAACCCUACUAAUUAAUCAUAUUUUGGUGUUCCAAGUUGUACAUAUAUCCCUCUCUUCUCAUUAGACACCUGCAUUGUGUUGAUCUCCUUUUCAACACAAGAUUUGUCAAUAUUUCUGUAACCUCUACAUAAAUUUUGACUGGAAAGUAAGAUAUACAAUCAAUUUGAGAUUGAUUUUUGUAGUUUCAGGCUAGUUACCAAAACAAAAAUUUGUAGUCAACUUGCUGCUAAUUUCAUGAAAUGAUGUUGCAUGUUAGCAUCCAUUCCAUGAUCAUAUUUAAUCUUCAAACUAAAGUCUGUGAAUAACCUUUUUGCUUUUGGAUU